AGCGGCUCGACCUCGCUUGGGCGCCUGAAUGGAACCACGUGGCAAGUCACGUUCUGGCCGCGCCUCCAAAAACCAGCUAGCCCAGCUUCCGGCCCGGGCCGCCAGUGUUGCGUCCUUGAGUCACGAAGAACACUUUACCCUCGAGAUCAGGUGACCAAUCGGGCGUUGCUCGCGCCGGAUGUGGCUGGUGACGCAGUUUGUGCGCGCCAGGUGGCUGCCAGGGUGGGGAGGGCGGAUAAGAUGGCGGCGCCAGAGGAGGAUCCGGGCAUUGGGGAUGAGGAGCGGUUGGAUUUCCUGAAGGAGCGGCACGUGCGCUUCUUCCAGCGCUGCCUGCAGAUCCUGCCCGAGAGAUACUCGUCCCUGGAGACUAGCAGGUUGACAAUUGCAUUUUUCGCACUCUCUGGUCUGGAUAUGUUGGAUUCCUUAGAUGUGGUGAACAAAGAUGAUAUAAUAGAAUGGAUUUAUUCCCUGCAGGUCCUCCCCACAGAAGACAGAUCAAAUUUAAAUCGCUGUGGAUUCCGAGGAUCUUCAUAUUUGGGGGUGCCAUUCAAUCCAUCCAAGGGUCCUGGUAUAUCUCAUCCCUAUGACAGUGGGCACAUAGCAAUGACAUACACUGGCCUGUCAUGCUUGGUUAUUCUUGGAGAUGACCUGAGUCGAGUAAAUAAAGAUGCCUGCUUGGCAGGACUGAGAGCUCUCCAACUGGAAGAUGGAAGUUUCUGUGCUGUGCUUGAAGGUAGCGAGAAUGACAUGAGAUUUGUAUACUGUGCUUCCUGUAUCUGCUACAUGCUGAACAACUGGUCAGGCAUGGAUCUGAAGAAAGCGAUAGAAUAUAUAAGAAGAAGUAUGUCCUAUGAUAAUGGGCUGGCACAGGGAGCUGGACUUGAAUCUCAUGGUGGCUCCACGUUCUGUGGUAUUGCCUCACUGUGUUUGAUGGGUAAAUUGGAGGAAGUAUUUUCAGAGAAAGAACUGAACAGAAUAAAGAGAUGGUGCAUAAUGAGACAACAGAAUGGCUAUCAUGGACGUCCCAACAAACCUGUAGACACCUGCUACUCAUUUUGGGUAGGAGCAACACUUAAGCUCUUGAAAAUAUUCCAAUAUACAAAUUUUGAGAAAAACAGAAAUUACAUCUUGUCAACUCAAGAUCGUCUUGUUGGUGGAUUUGCCAAGUGGCCAGAUAGCCACCCAGAUGCUUUGCAUGCAUACUUCGGGAUCUGUGGCCUGUCGUUAAUGGAGGAAUCGGGCAUUUGCAAAGUUCACCCGGCCCUGAAUGUAAGCACAAGAACCUCUGAGCGCCUUCAGCACCUCCAUCAGCUCUGGAAAACUAAGGACUCUAAACAGUGUUCAGAUGAUGUGCACAUCUCUACAUGACUGCUUUAGACUCAAGCUUAGUUUGGUAGCAUAACUGUAGCCCAGGGUUAAAAGCCAUGUAUAACCAAUGUGCUCUUUUUAAGUGCUGGAGUCAUACAAUCAAAUCCAUGUUACUGGCAUCUCUUUUUUAGUGAAUGGCCUUUAGCCAGUUGUUGUUCACUGGGAUAAAAGGAAAUUUCAGUUGUGUAGAAGUUUGCCACUGCAGACUCCUGAAAUGGCUUGUACUUCUAAGAAAUCCCUUGAGGCAAAUUUGUUUUCAUUUGUAUUUUAUUUUUUAAAAUUUGUGCAUACUGUGUCAAAGUUUAUAAUGGGGAAAGUGUCUUCAAAAUCUGUUUACAUAUUAUACAGUAUAGCACUGAACCUCACAAAGUUCUUAAUGAUCGUAAUGUUUGGGUAGAGAAACCCCUAUGUUAGGUCUCAGUUGAAAGUAGAUGUCAGCUUCCAUAACCUUUGUAAACAAAAAAUAAAAUUAUUUUAUUCAAUAUA